GAUACUGAUUUUACUCAUAAGUCUGGCAACUCUCGAGCCUCUCACAUCAAAAUUUAUGAUUCUCCAAGUCAAAAAAUCUUUUCAAAAUUUUAAGUAAACAUGAGCUCCCCGAAUAAUAGUCCGAAUAGAAAAAUUGCGCUGCAAUGUGAGAGCAGGAUCAGUCUCCGACGCAGCGGUGGAACGCAAAACGAUCUCGUAAAUAAACUGGAGCAUUUGCGUCCGGGAUUCAGUCUCGGCGCGCCGGUACGCCGGUACCUUCCCGCCGUGUUCGGUGUGAUAGACGGCGGCACCCAUCCGCGCAGCAUCCUACGCGAUCAGACCCAUAAAACCGAUGCAACGGAGGUGAAGAACUUCCGGCAGGCCCAACCGCGACGCCAGUCCCGUGGCCGACAGCAGUUUCAAAUAGCCAAUCUUCCGGAGGAAAAUAUAGCAGAUGUGUCGGCACCCAGCUUUGAAAUGAAAAUGCCCUCUCAACGGUCCAAUAUGGCGGAGGCGCCGGUGGCCAGCGGCCACACGGUCGAGACCGUGUAUACGGAAAUUUUCGAUAGCUUUGCGGACCCCAGGGAUAUGAUGACGCCCGGCACGUCCUUACAGAUUAGAGACAAAUCCCUUAGCCAAAAGACUACCCACCGCAAGGUCACUACGCAUCGUGACUCCCACGGAAAUAUUACAAGUCGCAUUGAAGAGACGACCACAGUGUGCACUGCGCCCCGGGAUAGGCCACCGUCCAUCACACGGCGCAUUAACUUCUCCACAGAGGAUGUGUCUAAAAACGUGUCGGACGAAACGAUGCUCAUGCUCCACGAUGACUCUAGGCCAAGGACGCUUAUAGGUCAGAGGUACAUGCCCAGCCAGUAUCCGGAUGGGCAAGGACCUCUUCAAUAUCGCGAUCGCAGCUCACAGCGCGAGAAAUUGGAGGACGAACCAGCGCAUUCUUUCAAUGGCAUUUCGGGAGCUACUCGCCCAUGGCGAGCACCCAGGACUAUCGGGUUCCUGAAUGACCAGACAAUACCGUCUUAUAUGGCAUACACCACCGGCUUCUCUGACAGGGCACAACAGACGUGGCCCAGUGCCUACAGUGAACAGCAACGGCGAAAAAUGAGAUCCCAAGGAACGGCUCCGGACCGGACCAGUUUCCCGGACAGGUCACAACAGGACAGUCCAAGUGAAAACUUAGAAAGUGAUCACCGAAGAUUCCGAUCUCAAAGUCCAGAGGGCAGACGCAGUCAGUUUCAAGUGGACCUCAGUUCCGCGACACGCCAACGAAGCUUGUCGCAAGGCUCAAAUCCCAGAAGGCAGCAGAUAUCACAGCAGUCGCAGAAUAUAAACGAUAAUUCUGCUCCUCAAUUCAACGACAGUCCACCCAGAGGAGAGGUUUCGCCUUCUUCGAGAUCUCCAAAUGGCAACGCCCACCCCAAGUCAGUGUCUAGUGAAGCCGCCCCCUUUCGCAAUGAAGCCGGGUCGAUAAAACGGAGUAACGAUUCUGUAAAUAAGGGCCCAGUCCCAGUCACUGAUCAAAAUCUGGAUGAUGUAACCAUGCCGUCGUUUGGAGAAGCAGCAACUUCAUCCCACCGGCAUGUGACACUACCCAGCGAGGACUUACGCGAAGUGUCGGCUCGGGAGGUUAAAAUUAAAGGCUCUGAAAGAUCGCCUCAGAGGCUUUCAAUGCCCGCAGAGCAAAUAGGUGAUGAAUCGGCUCCUACCUUUGCAAGUUCAGAUCACAGAAAUACUUACAGUCAGAGGCGAUCAAUGCCUUCAAGCAACAUUAAUGAUGUUUCAGCCCCCACAUUUGACAGUACCGGUCGUGGAACUGCAUACAGUCAGAGGCAAUCCAUGCCAUCUCAAAACAUAUUUGAUGAAUCAGCACCCACAUUUGAGAGUACUGGUCGUGGAACUGCGUACAGUCAAAGGCAAUCUUUUCCUGCAAAUACUCAGAGGAAAUCCAUGCCUUCAGCAAACAUAUGGGAUGAAUCGGAACCUACUUUCGAAAGAACCAGUCUUGGAACUGCACACAGACAGAGGAAAACCUUGCCUUCAGGUACUCAUCGACGAUCUAUGCCUUCACAAAACAUAUGCCAUGACUCCUGUCCUAAAUUCAACUGUUCCGGUAUUGAACCUGUACCUACUCAGUGGCAAACCAUGCCUUUCCAAAACAUAAACGAUGAAUCAGAACCAACAUUUGAGGGAACCGGUCGUGGAACUGCAUACCGUAAGGGGUCAUCAAUGAGUGCAGCAGCUCAAACGAGAUCCAUGCCUUCUCAGAACAUAAACGAUGAAUCGGAACCGACAUUUGACAGUACCGGUCGUGGAACUGCAUACAGUCAGAGGCAAUCCAUGCCAUCCAAAAACAUAUUUGAUGAAUCAGCACCCAUAUUUGAGAGCACCGGUCGUGGAACUGCGUACACUCAAAGGCAAUCAGCUCAGACGAGAUCCAUGCCUUCUCAAAACAUAAACGAUGAAUCGGAACCGAAAUUUCACAGUACUGGUCGUGGAACUGCAUACAGUCAAAGACAAUCCAUGCCUUCUCAAAAUAUAAACGAUGAAUCGAAACCGUUAUUAGAAAGUACCGGUCGUGGAACUGCAUACAGUCAGAGGCAAUCCAUGCCAUCUCAAAACAUAUUUGAUGAAUCAGCACCCACAUUUGAGAGUACGGGUCGUGGAACUGCGUACAGUCAGCGGCAAUCCAUGGCCGCGUACAGUCAAAGACAAUCAAUGCCUUCUCAAAACAUCAACGAUGAAUCGGAACCCACAUUUGAGAGUACCGGUCGUGGAGCUUCAUACAGUCAAAGACAAUCCAUGCCUUCUCAAAACAUAAACGAUGAAUCGGAACCGAAAUUUCACAGUACCGGUCGUGGAACUGCAUACAGUCAAAGACAAUCCAUGCCUUCUCAAAAUAUUAACGAUGAAUCUGAACCCACAUUUGGGAGUACCGCUCGUGGAACUUCAUAUAGUCAGAGGCAAUCAAUGGGUGUAUCAGCUAAGCCGAGAUCCAUGCCUUCUCAAAACAUAAACGAUGAAUCGGAACCAACAUUUGACAGUACCGGCCGUGGAACUGCAUACAGUCAAAGACAAUCCAUGCCUUCUCAAAAUAUUAACGAUGAAUCUGAACCCACAUUUGGGAGUACCGCUCGUGGAACUUCAUAUAGUCAGAGGCAAUCAAUGGGUGUAUCAGCUAAGCCGAGAUCCAUGCCUUCUCAAAACAUAAACGAUGAAUCGGAACCAACAUUUGACAGUACCGGCCGUGGAACUGCAUACAGUCAAAGACAAUCCAUGCCUUCUCAAAAUAUUAACGAUGAAUCUGAACCCACAUUUGGGAGUACCGCUCGUGGAACUUCAUAUAGUCAGAGGCAAUCAAUGGGUGUAUCAGCUAAGCCGAGAUCCAUGCCUUCUCAAAACAUAAACGAUGAAUCGAAACCAUUAUUUGACAGUACCGGUCGUGGAACUGCAUACAGUCAGAGGCAAUCCAUGCCAUCUAAAAACAUAAUUGAUGAAUCAGCCCCUUCAUUUGAGAGCACCGGUCGUGGGACUGCGUACACUCAAAGGCAAUCUUUACCUGCACAAACUCAGAGGAAAUCCAUGACUUCAGCAAACAUAUGGGAUGAAUCGGAACCUACUUUCGAAAGUUCCAGUCCUGGAACUGCACUCAGACAGAGGAAAACCUUGCCUUUACGUACUCAGAGACAAUCGAUACCUUUAGAAAAUAUAUGCGCUGAAACCUGUCCUAAUUUCAACUGUUCCGUUGUUGAACCUUCAACUAUUCAGUGGCAGGCCAUGCCUUCCCAAAACAUAAACGAUGAAUCAGCACCAACAUUUGAGAGUACGGGUCGUGGAACUGGAUACAGUCAGAGGCAAUCCAUGGGUCCAGCAGCUCAGACAAGAUCCAUACCUUCUGAAAACAUAAACGAGGAAUCGGAACCGACAUUUGACAGUACAGGUCGUGGAACUGGGCACAGUCAAAGGCAACCCAUUGCUGAAUCAACUCAGAGGCAAUCCACGCUUUCGAAAAACCUAAACGAUGAAUCGGAACCGAUAUUUGAGAGUACUGGUCCUGAAACUGCAGACAGUCAAAGACAAACUAUGCCUUCUCAAAACAUAAACGAUGAAUCAGCACCCACAUUUGAGAGUACCGGUCGUGGAACUGGGCACAGUCAGAGGCAGCCCAUUGCUGAAUCAACUCAAAGGCAAUCGAAGCCUUUGCAAAACCUAAGCGAUGAAUCGGAACCAACAUUUGAGAGUACUGGUCCUGAAACUGCAGACAGUCAAAGACAAACUAGGCCUUCUCACAACAUAAACGAUGAAUCAGCACCCUUAUUUGAGAGUACGGGUCCUGUAACUGAAUACAGUCAGAGGCAAUCAAUGGGGCCAGCAGCUCAGACCAGAUCUAUGCCUUCUGAAAACAUAAACGAUGAAUCGGAGCCCACAUUUGACAGUACGGGUCGUGGAACUGCGUACAGUCAGAGGCAACCCAUGGGUGAAUCAACUCAGAGGCAAUCCACGUUCUCGAAAAACCUAAAAGAUGAAUCGGAACCGACAUUUGAGAGUACUGGUCCUGAAACUGCAGACAGUCAAAGACAAACUAUGCCUUCUCACAACAUAAACGAUGAAUCAGCACCCACAUUUGAGAGUACGGGUCCUGUAACUGAAUACAGUCAGAGGCAAUCAAUGGGGCCAGCAGCUCAGACGAGAUCCAUACCUUCUGAAAACAUAAACGAUGAAUCGGAGCCCACAUUUGACAGUACGGGUCGUGGAACUGCGUACAGUCAGAGGCAACCCAUUGGUGAAUCAACUCAGAGGCAAUCCUCGCUUUCAAAAAACCUAAACGAUGAAUCGGAACCGACAUUUGAGAGUACUGGUCCUGAAACUGCAGACAGUCAAAGACAAACUAUGCCUUCUCAAAACAUAAACGAUGAAUCAGCACCCACAUUUGAGAGUACCGGUCGUGGAACUGGGCACAGUCAGAGGCAACCCAUGGGAGAAUCAACUCAGAAGCAAUCCACGUUCUCGAAAAACCUAAACGAUGAAUCGGAACCGACAUUUGAGAGUACUGGUCCUGAAACUGCAGACAGUCAAAGACAAACUAUGCCUUCUCACAACAUAAACGAUGAAUCAGCACCCACAUUUGAGAGUACGGGUCCUGUAACUGAAUACAGUCAGAGGCAAUCAAUGGGGCCAGCAGCUCAGACGAGAUCCAUGCCUUCUGAAAACAUAAACAAUGAAUCUGCACCCACAUUUGAGGGUACCGGUCCUGGAACUGAAUAUAGUCAGGGGAAAUCCAUGCCCUCAGCAAAUAUAUGGGAUGAAUCGGAACCUAAUUUCAAAAGUUCCAGUCCUGGAAAUGCACUCGGUCAGAGGAAAACCUUGCCUUCAAGUACUCAGAGACAAUCGAAGCCUUCAGACAAUACAUGCGCUGAAUCCUGUCCGAAUGUCAACUGUUCCGUUGUUGAACCUUCAACUAUUCAGUGGCAGGCCAUGCCUUCCCAAAACAUAAACGAUGAAUCGGCUCCAACAUUUGAGAGUACGGGACCUGAAACUGCAGACAGUCAGAGACAAACUAUGCCUUCUGAAAACAUAAACGAUGAAUCGGAGCUCACAUUUGACAGUACGGGUCGUGGAACUGGGCACAGUCAAAGGCAACCCAUUGCUGAAUCAACUCAGAGGCAAUCCACGCUUUCGAAAAACCUAAACGAUGAAUCGGAACCGACAUUUGAGAGUACUGGUCCUGAAACUGCAGACAGUCAAAGACAAACUAUGCCUUCUCACAACAUAAACGAUGAAUCAGCACCCACAUUUGAGAGUACGGGUCCUGUAACUGAAUACAGUCAGAGGCAAUCAAUGGGGCCAGCAGCUCAGACCAGAUCUAUGCCUUCUGAAAACAUAAACGAUGAAUCGGAGCCCACAUUUGACAGUACGGGUCGUGGAACUGCGUACAGUCAGAGGCAACCCAUUGGUGAAUCAACUCAGAGGCAAUCCUCGCUUUCAAAAAACCUAAACGAUGAAUCGGAACCGACAUUUGAGAGUACUGGUCCUGAAACUGCAGACAGUCAAAGACAAACUAUGCCUUCUCAAAACAUAAACGAUGAAUCAGCACCCACAUUUGAGAGUACCGGUCGUGGAACUGGGCACAGUCAGAGGCAACCCAUGGGAGAAUCAACUCAGAAGCAAUCCACGUUCUCGAAAAACCUAAACGAUGAAUCGGAACCGACAUUUGAGAGUACUGGUCCUGAAACUGCAGACAGUCAAAGACAAACUAUGCCUUCUCACAACAUAAACGAUGAAUCAGCACCCACAUUUGAGAGUACGGGUCCUGUAACUGAAUACAGUCAGAGGCAAUCAAUGGGGCCAGCAGCUCAGACGAGAUCCAUGCCUUCUGAAAACAUAAACAAUGAAUCUGCACCCACAUUUGAGGGUACCGGUCCUGAAACUGAAUAUAGUCAGGGGAAAUCCAUGCCCUCAGCAAAUAUAUGGGAUGAAUCGGAACCUAAUUUCAAAAGUUCCAGUCCUGGAAAUGCACUCGGUCAGAGGAAAACCUUGCCUUCAAGUACUCAGAGACAAUCGAAGCCUUCAGACAAUACAUGCGCUGAAUCCUGUCCGAAUGUCAACUGUUCCGUUGUUGAACCUUCAACUAUUCAGUGGCAGGCCAUGCCUUCCCAAAACAUAAACGAUGAAUCGGCUCCAACAUUUGACAGUACGGGACCUGAAACUGCAGACAGUCAGAGACAAGCUAUGCCUUCUCAAAAUAUAAACGAUGUAUCACAACCCACAUUUGAGAGUACCGGUCCUGGAACUGAAUACAGUCAGAGGCAAUCAAUGGGUGCAGCACCUCACACGAGAUCCAUGCCUUCUAAAAACAUAAACGAUGAAUCGGAACCAACAUUUGAGAGAACCAGUCCUGGAACCGAAUACAGUCAGAGGCCAUCCAUGCCUUCUCAAAACAUAAACGAUGAAUCAGCACCCACAUUUGACAGUACCGGUCGUGGAACUGGGCACAGUCAGAGGCAACCCAUUGCUGAAUCAACUCAGAGGCAAUCCACGCUUUCGAAAAACCUAAACGAUGAAUCGGAACCGAUAUUUGAGAGUACUGGUCCUGAAACUGCAGACAGUAAAAGACAAACUAUGCCUUCUCACAACAUAAACGAUGAAUCAGCACCCACAUUUGAAAGUACCGGUCGUGGAACUGAAUACAGUCAGAGGAAAUCCAUAGCUUCAGAAAAAAAAAAACGCCAAAACAUGAACGAUGAAUCUGCACCCACUUUUGAGAGUACCGAUCCUGGAACUGAGCACAGUCAGAGACAAUCCAUGGCUGCAGCAGUUCAGAAGAGAUCCUUGCCUUCUGAAAACAUGAACGAUGAAUCGGAACCAAUAUUUGAGAGUACCGGUCCUGAAACUGCAAAAAGUCAAGGCCAAUCCAUGUCUUCUGAAAACAUAAAUGAUGAAUCGGCACCCUCAUUUGAGAGUACCGGUCGUGGCGCUGAGCACAGUGAGAGGCAAUCCAUGCCGUCCCAAAAUAUAGACGAUGAAUCAGCACCCACAUUUGAGAUUACCGGUCCUGGAACCGAAUAUAGUCCGGGGCCAUCCAUGCCUUCUCAAAACAUUAACGAUGAAUCAGCACCUACAUUUGACAGUACCGGUCGUGGACCUGAAUACAGUCAGAGGCAACCCAUGGCUGAAUCAACUCAGAGGCAAUCCACGCUUUCGAAAAACCUAAACGAUGAAUCGGAACCGAUAUUUGAGAGUACUGGUCCUGAAACUGCAGACAGUGAAAGACAAACUAUGCCUUCUCACAACAUAAACGAUGAAUCAGCACCCACAUUUGAGAGUACGGGUCCUGUAACUGAAUACAGUCAGAGGCAAUCAAUGGGGCCAGCAGCUCAGACGAGAUCCAUGCCUUCUGAAAACAUAAACAAUGAAUCUGCACCCACAUUUGAGGGUACCGGUCCUGGAACUGAAUAUAGUCAGGGGAAAUCCAUGCCCUCAGCAAAUAUAUGGGAUGAAUCGGAACCUAAUUUCAAAAGUUCCAGUCCUGGAAAUGCACUCGGUCAGAGGAAAACCUUGCCUUCAAGUACUCAGAGACAAUCGAAGCCUUCAGACAAUACAUGCGCUGAAUCCUGUCCGAAUGUCAACUGUUCCGUUGUUGAACCUUCAACUAUUCAGUGGCAGGCCAUGCCUUCCCAAAACAUAAACGAUGAAUCGGCUCCAACAUUUGAGAGUACGGGACCUGAAACUGCAGACAGUCAGAGACAAGCUAUGCCUUCUCAAAAUAUAAACGAUGUAUCACAACCCACAUUUGAGAGUACCGGUGAGACGAAUGAGAAAAUAGAAAUGGACGACGAGCGGAUGCCCGAAUAUGAUGAAGUGGGAGGCGUCAAAAGAAGAAAGAUCUCCAGAGGACAACAGGUGUCGAUGCCAUCGCAAAAUAUCCCGGCUCCACGGUUCAUGCCCUCGGGUGGUGAAGUUUCCGGAGCAGCUAGAAGCACCGCGAGACCGGAGGGUAUCAUGCCAUCGCGAAACACUUUUGAUAAGCCCGAUCCAUCCGAAGUAAGGUCCGAGACUACGCAAUCAUUUGUUAAAGUCGCGAGCUCUUCCAGGACGCCGACCAGUGUGCAGAGGGGGACUCUCUUGAACACCGCAGGAGUCAGAGGCAUUGAAAGAAGAGAUCUCCUUCCACCUGAGGCAGCCAAUGUUGUGAUGGCCGCAUACCCUACUGGACAUCGUGGAAUUGAAACAUAUGAGCGCAUCGAGGGUGUCUCUGAAGCCGCGCCAAUAUCCAUAUGUGCUGCCUUGAUUAAAGAGUGCAUGCAAAACCUGCCCAGGCAGGCGCCCCCAUCCAACAUAAGCGAAUUCAUCAAACUGGAAAACGGUUAUCAUAGUGGCGGCCAGGAAGUUGAUCCUCGCGUGUUUCAGAUGACCAAUGAGUGUGUGGCGAAUGAAACUAUCCAACCUUUGCCGUAUGUGUCGGAACAGCCUCCGUUAGGCGCCUAUCAGCAAACCGAGCAGCUCGGUAGACCGGUGUCACAGCGUGUCUCAUAUGCGUCUUUUUCCACGGGAAUUCUGGGUAAUGUAAAUACGCUAUCUCAUCCCUCCGAUACCGGAGGUAAUCAAUCGUGUAUGUGUGAUGGAAAGCGAGAGCAGUCACUGGGUCAGACCUGGACAGACAGGAUGGACCGCUCGACAACCAAUAAAAUAGAAGAUGUCAGUAUGAAAGCCUUCAACAACCUUUCUGUCACACCGCACCACCUAUUGCAAAUGCCCAAGACGUGUUUGGAUAUAGCCACCGAGACGCCACUCCAGCGGAGAAGUCAGUCGCUAGAGUACACACUUUCGGACAAUGACAGCGAAUCGGAUUUCCUUACAUGCAAAAGCUCUACUGACUUGCGACAGGAGGACAAAGGCGCUAUUCCCUGUGGUAUAUGCGAGAGAGUGCCCUCAGACCGCUACUUCCAGUCGAUGGAUGUUGGUCCCCAUGACCAAGUGGUGCAAGGGGUAACCGUAACGACAUCAAUGUCCAUAAUUUCGGGGACGCGAUUAAAUCAGGACCAGAGAAUGCGUGCGGAGGUUCAAAUGCCGAACUCAAUGACGAACUAUGAUUCAAUUAAUCAGGUCAUGCAGUCAACCGGCCACAAAAGCACUGGAACAACAACACAGAACAGCUAUUCCAUGGAACAGCAAAAUCAGAACCAAAAGAUGCGUGCUGAGGUUGAAAUGCUACAGAGCCGACGCAAGAAUGGAUAUUCCAACCGAAGCAUCAACGGAUUCGACUCAAUGAUCAACUAUGUUUCGUUCGAUCAGGUCAUGCAGUCAACCGGCCACCAGAGCGCCGGAACAACAACACAGAACAAUUGUUCAAUGGAACAGCAAAACUAUCAACCGAAUCAGCCCUGCCCUGGUUGUCCCACCGGAGCUUCCCACGCCAUGAAGAUCCAGAGAGCAUGGGAACAGGGUUUUAUCAUUUGUGGAAGCAGGCUUGGCACAUCACCCAUCACCAUCACCAAUUACCAUAGCACUGGAACAACAACGCAAAACGACCAUUCCAUGAAGAAAAGAGACUUUAACCCCACUAGAUUUGCAGCCGAAUGCGAUCAAAACAGCUAUAGCUCCGUGCAGGCGUGCACCUGCCAGCAGUCUCAAGGCGGGGGUUCGGACUUUGCCGUCGAACUCCCUUGCGGUUGUUCGCCGGAUUCGGAGUCCCAGUUCGAUUCGGAGACGGAAUGUAAUGCCGACGGCUUCACCGCCAGAUCGUCUAGUCCAGAUGAAGUAGAAGCCGGUCCCCAUUACGACGACUAUAAAGCCGUAGAGGAGUGCAAUGAUAACGACAACGAUGCCAGAUCGCCCGGAGCCUACCCAAACCCUUCCAAAGCCGUGCUGAACUCUGGUGCUAACAACUGCAACUGUCCACUGAAGUCAGAGGAUGACUCCAACGCCAGACCGUACCGUCCCCUUAGAGGAUCGCCUGGACCCUUUUUCUACGCAGUUCAAGACACUGGAAUGUGGGGGAUUACCAGCGCUUUUCUGCCGGAACCAGCGAUCGCCAUAUCGCCAUGUCUCAAUGGACCCUGUUCGUUAGAGUCGGAGCGCAAUGAUGACUACCAGUCUGCCCGAUCGUCCAUUUCCAAUGAAGAAGAUCGUGGCACCUAUCGGCCGCCCUGCUGGGUAUAUCCCUCACCGAUUCGGAUGCUUUUUGAUGGAUUGGUUCGACUUGGGGAAUCUCUUUAAACAAUAAAUUGUCUACAAUAAAUUGUAGACACGACAUGUUAA